AGCUGAGGGCAUGAAGUGUCCUGUAUUUGCAGACCUGGUCUCCAUUCUCCUGUUUGAGCUUGGUUUUUGAAAAAUAUAAACAUUUUGUAUUCACACAUAGAGGUGUGCGAAAAUAUUACUCGGCGGCCACUACACCCACCCGACCUUUCCUCAUGUUCCUCUCUCCGCCGUUCAUGGCGCCGAUCUGAAGCCGUCGCCACCGUGAUCCUUCGUAGCACCACCGUCUCCGAUUUCAACGCAAAUCUCGGAGGCAGUAUUUCUUUUCCAGACUGUAUAACCCCUGCUCAAAUAAUAUAUUGACGUGUUAACCCAGCCUCGGACGCAGCUUCAACUCACUCUACCCUCCCAGACCCCACUGUGGGAUUACACUAGCUCGUAAGUGUUAAAUAAGUUCCUCGAUGAUGGAUCCUGAGGCUUCAGCAAAUGAAAGCUAUGUUACUGUGCCUCGUGGUGGUCCUAUUUACAUUUCCGAUAUGGUUGGUCCACUCACUAAGGUUGCUGAAUUUGAGGUCAGCAUCUUCCGUGAACUUGAGCGCCUCAAGGCAGAGUUGUCCUCUGAUUCACUGGAAAUGUUUGAUGAUGAGAUAUCGAUUGAAGAUCUUAAAAUUAUCUGUGAGGAGGAUUUGGUGGCUCAGGCCUUUGAAGAAGCAUUUAAGGAUGAGGAGCUGAAGAAAGACUCUUCACGAACUUUGGCAGAGCACCUCAGUACAGGCGGAACAGAUAAUGGGAAAUUGGAUGCUAAACUUGCUUCAUUGGAAAGGUUAGAGAGAGAAGUGGACUCUUGUACUGUCCAUGAUCCCUCAAAACAUGUCAACAACAAAGGUUCAAAUAAACGCAAGUCCAACAAAAGGAAACGCUCAAAACACGUCCCUGCUGGGGCCAUCAACAAAAAAGGUUCAAAUAAAAGAAAGUCCAACAUGAAGAAACAGAGGAAGAAGAAUGAUGUUGAUGAAAACUAUAUGCCGAAGGUGGAAGAACUUGCAAAAAUUCAAGAAAAACAAGAGGAAGAGAAAGCAGCAGCACGAUUGCACUCUUUCAAUGGUAGUUGCAGCAGCAGUCACUCUGCUCCAAUAUCCUCCAGUAGGAGUGGUAGGAUGAUAUCUCUCAAGUCAGUAAGUUUGGGAACAAAGGUGAGAGCAGUAAAUACUCAUGAACAUAUUGCAGUGCAGUUUCCAGAAGCUAUCCUCUGUGUUGAGAUCUAUCAUUACAAAAAGUCAUGGAUAAAAACUCAAGAAUUUCUGGUCCUUGGGCUGCAAUUUUUGACGGAAUUGAGAGACAAGAUUUAUUGCAUUACUGAUGAGAUAAUGAAGAAGACGGGCAAAAGUGAUCCUUCAGGCUUCUUCCUUGUGGAGGAUGUUUUUUGCAAUGAUUUCAGGCAUCCUUCUGCUAGUGACUAUAGUAAGCCAAUACUUGAUUGGAUUCAAGAUUCUAGAAGUGAGGUGCUGGAAAAAUGGGAAUCUAUCACCUCUGCUGAACUGCCACGAAAACAGAGGGCACUUUUAGGCAAUAAAAUUGGACCACAAUUGCCCCAUUUUAAGGCCACUGAAAUGCAAAAAACUCGCUUUUGUGACAUACGGUUUCGACUUGGUGCUGGAUAUCUUUAUUGUCACCAGGGUGACUGCAAACAUCAAUUUGUAAUAAGAGACAUGCGAUUUAUACACCCCGAGGACGUACAGAACCGAGCUGCGUAUCCGCUGAUAACUUUUCAGCCAAAAUUGAGGUUCCAGAAAUGCUCUGUUUGCAAGAUUUUUAAAGCAGUUAAGGUGACAGUGGACGAUAGAUGGGCAGCUGAAAAUCCUUGCUACUUCUGUGAAAUUUGCUAUUACAUGCUCCAUUAUGUAAACAGGUCUCUGCUUUAUGAUGAUUUCUCUGUGUAUGAAUAUCUGCAGUAAAAUGUAACCAGAACAGCAGAGAAGUUAUACAGUAAUGUAAUUCUUAUAAGGGAUGAAAAACAAAUAUCUUCUUAGUUGAAGUUCUGAAAAUUUUCUGUGCA